GCAAAGAAAGCGCAGAGAAAGCGCUAUUCUAGCAAUUCUGAUAGACGCAAAACUACUUUAGAUAAAUAGGACGAAGUCUUGCGUCAAACUGUUAUCAUCAGCAAAAAGGACUUUUGCUCGUUUGCUGAUUGAUUGAUUAGCCCAGGCUAUAAAUUCGCUAGCCUGCAGAAUGAGAAAUCAAAGUAGACAUUCAUCAUUGAGCAAAAUGAGCCGCAUUCUUCUGAUCAUUUUGAUCGCAACUUCAUGUCAAAAUUGCUUUACAAGAGGAGAAGACGUGGAACAACAACAAAAUAAUGAUGAGAAAUUCGAUCAGGAUCAGUUUUUAAAAAGGAUUGACCAUAUGACGGGUCUUUAUGAUAAGCUAAAAGUUAAAAUAUACAAAUUUGUGGACUAUCAUAGUGAGCUGUUGAAAAAUAUGGCAAGCACAGAAAACCAAAUAGCAAAGUUACAAAGACAUGCCAAUAUCAAAAAAGCCGCCAAGCCAACUGUGCAGUUUGAGAAGUUUGGAGCAAAGUAUUACCAUAUUGAGAACGAGGAAAAACUAAACUGGUACGAAGCAGUCUCCAGAUGCCGAAGCUUGAACAGUCACCUCAUUAGCCUCCAAAACCUGAAAGAGUGGGAAAUCAUUACAGCCAACUUGAAAUAUCUUAAAACAUAUUGGGUGGACAUCAAUGACGAGGCAGCUGAGGGCGAGUUUAUAUCACGAUUCACCGGAGAGAAAGCUCCAUUCCUAAAAUGGUCCACUGGAGAACCAACUAACCAAGCAGACGAGAAUUGCGUUCAGAUAGAAGAGGCAUUUGGUCUCUUUUAUAUCGUUCCCCAUUCUAUGAACGAUGUCACAUGCACAAAAAAAAACUACUUCAUAUGCGAAGCCAAGGAAGUGGAAAUGUAA